GCGCCGCGUCCGCACCGGGCCACGCCUGGGGCUGCGAGCGGGGCACCGGCACCGGGACCCGCACCGGGACCAGGACCCCCGAGCCACGCUGGGCUGAGAGCGGGGCACCGGGACCGGCACCAGCACCGGGACCGGGGCUCGCACAGGGAUCGGGACCUGCGCUCCCGGGCCACGCUUGGGGCCGCUGCGAGCCGGACACCGGCAGCGGGACCGGGACCUGGACUUCCGAGCCACGCGUGGGGCUGCGAGCCGGACACCGGCACCGGGACCCGCUCCGCGCCGGGACAGCCAGCUGCUCCUCUCCACGCUGUGCCACCCCGACCAGGUGUCCCCAUGGAGUGACCCUGCCCAGGGGUCCCGGCAGCCGUGCCAGCACGGGGGGGACGCUGGCUGCCACCACCAUGAGUGACUUCUGGCACAAGCUGGGCUGCUGCGUCGUGGAGAAGCCCCAGCCCAAGAAGAGGAGGAGAAGGAUCGACCGCUCCAUGAUUGGGGAGCCCAUGAACUUCGUGCACCUGACGCACAUCGGCUCCGGGGACAUGGCUGCGGGAGAGGGGCUGCCCAUGACUGGUGCUGUCCAGGAGAUGAGGUCCAAGGGCGGCCGGGAGCGACAGUGGAGCAGCUCCCGCGUGUUGUAGCGUAUUCCUGGCUUUUUCAGCCCGAACUUGAACUGCCUGAUCCCCCCCCGCUGGAGGAGAAGCCCACCUGGAGUGCUUGAACCCCGCGGUAUUUAUGCAGCGCCAUCCUCACCCGGCUCCCGGUGACUUUGGGUCGUCAUCCCUCUGGAAAAUCCCUCCUUCCCGGAGGUCCUGGCUGGUGACGCGGGGAGGGAGCAGGGACAGCAGCCCCCAUCUCCUGCCCCACCUGGAAAGGACACAGCCACCCCCUGAAACGUGCCAGGAGCUGCCAGGCGCAGCCCACGUGUCCCAAAUCCUGCCAGUUUCCCCUUUUCCCGCUCCCGUGUCUCCCACGGGCUGCAUGGUGGUGCCUCAGUUUCCCCAGGGAACCAGCCGUGGUGCAGAGGCAGCUUUGAUGCCUCCCAGAACAUCACAGAGGAGCAAAACCAGGAUUAAGCCCUGAUAUUCUGGUGCCAAACCAGAGUUAAACCCGAGAUGUUCUGGUGUCAAACCAGGAAUCGAUGUCAAGCUGGGAUUAAACCCCAACUCCUUGGAGCAGAACCGGGAUUAAACCCCGAUGCUUCGGUGCCAAACCAGGAUUCGAUGUCAAACUGGGCUUAAAGCCCAAUUCCUUGGAGCAGAACCGGGAUUAAACCCCGAUGCUUCGGUGCCAAACCAGGAUCCAACCCCAAGGCUCGGCUGUCUCCGAGCCCACAGUGCCUCCAGCCGGCAUUCCACCGCCGCCAGACUCCCACCUCCCCCCCUUUUUUUAGGAUCUGUUCUUCUUUUUAAGCUCCAAAACCCACCUGAGCAGCCUCCAUCUCCUCGGGCAGGACCGUGCUGGGGUCCCCUCCACCCGGGAUUGUCCCCAGGCCGGACAGGGCCUGACCCGAGGAGGGCUCUGGAAUUCAGGCGCGGGUGUACAUAGUUUAAUUAGCGCCAGGAUUAAAUAUUAACUAGCA